AUGGGAGCCGACCUCAAUGUCAGAAAUGGCAAACCUAUAUCGGGGUUAAUUCCCUCUGAGCCACCGCAGAGCGAUUCCUCCGCGGCCAGAACGUCGUACCCAAUCCACUUUGCUGCCAGUGGAAAUUCCAAUGUGCCAGAUAUCAAGCAAAAGAUGAUCCUAGUCAUUCAAGCGCUAUUAAAAGGCGGUGCAAACCCAUUUAUGACGCUCAAUGAGCAUGGUGACACUAUUCUGCACAAUAUUUGUGAAUUUUCAGGAAUCAUAGUGCCAUUCCUCGACCUGCCAAACCUAGAUCUGGAAUCCCGCGAUUCCCAAGGUAGAACUCUUCUGCUCGCAGCUUGCGGUUGCAGAGAUGGCUAUUCCAAGAAACGCCAAACAGAUCCACAAGCAACCGCUGUGCAACUUCUAGAAAAGGGGGCAGACAUAACUGCUAUCGACAGCAACGGCAGAAACCACUUCAUCACCUCGGUCAACUUCAACUGGGUUACUGCGGAGACAGCGACGGAGAAGAAGACGGCGGAGAAGAAGUUGAGGGAAGGCGCCCCCCCCACCCCCGAACCUGUAGCUCUCGUCCAAAAAUAUAUUGACCACGGCGUCGAUAUCAAUGCGCGAAACUCUCUGGGCGAAACUAUUCUAUUUCCGUUCCUAGGCGGUGAUCCUAUUUUUAUAGACAUUGUACGAUCGCUUGUGGAGCAGGGUGCAGAUCUAACCGUGAAGCGAAACGAUGGUCAGAGAUUGCUACAUGUUGUUGCCCAGGAGUACGCGUCUGUGUUUGAACUAAAGAUAGUUUGCGAGGCACAACAAAACGCGGUAGAGGAACAAGAAGCUAUGCGUGAGGGAUUAGAAAUGUUUUCUGUUGACGCUUUUAAGUAUUUGAUGGAAAAGGGGUUAGAUCCUAUGAUGGAAGACAAUAAGGGCAAGAGUGCUUUGGAUUGCGCUACGGCAAGUUCGAAUGCUGAUAUCCUCAAGCUUUUCAAAAGGGAGGAAUAG